AUGAGGCUGACUUUGUAUCUAAUAGUUACCUUCGGUCUGGUGGACACGAACUGCGUUUCGUUGAGAUACAUUCUAAAUUCUCUUAAAUACGAACUUCGCUUUGAAACUAUCCUUCUUGUACAAAGUUCGACUGAAAGUAAAUCGUGUUGGAAGCAGAAAUACAUUCAUACCGAAGUGCCCGUCUUGAAUUUCAGUGCAAACCAAAGUUUGUAUCUGAAAGAUAAAUUCAAUACAAAGAUGCUGGCACUAGUUUGCAUCGACAAAAGCAAAGAAAAUACCAUGCUCACCCUUUUUGAAAGUCUAGAAGAUAUGCGCGAUACUCCCACGGUGUUAUUCGUACUUUCAGAUAUCGAAAUUAGGGAUAUACUCGUGGAGUGCCACAGACAAAGUAUGCUUAAUGUGGUGGCUUUCAAAGGCUUAGAUACGGAAUUUAUCUAUAGCUUCCAGGCCUUUCCAGGGUUUCAGUUAAUUAAAAGAAGCCUAAAGGAAGUUGCUAUAUAUUUUGAAGAUCACCUGACUGAUCUGGGUGGCUAUACCCUCAGGGCACUACCCGAUAAAGUAAUACCGCGAACAGUGGUGUACAGGAAUCCCGACGGAAAGCGCCAGUUGGCAGGAUAUCUCUACCGCUUUAUACGGAACUAUGUGAGCACCAUCAAUGCUACUCUCAAGAUCUGUUGGGAGCUGGCUCCGGAGGACGCCAUGAUUAAGCUGACGGAAGUAAUAAGACUCUCGCAAACCUACAACGUGGACUUUCCGCUGGGUAUUCAUGGCGUCGAGCAUGGUUCGACCAAGCAAAACGUGCCACUGGAGGUUUCUAGCUGGUUCCUGAUGCUACCCAUGGAACCCUUUUAUCCCCGAUCUCUCUACUUCAUCAAACUAGGAUUGGAGAGGCUAGUGCCGUUGAUGUUACUACUGGGUGUAGUGCUAGGGAAUGCCCACCGAAUAGAAGCGGGCUUGGGUCCCAGCUGGCGGUGCUGCGGUGUGGCAGAUAAAAUCCUGCGAGUGACCCUAGGACUGCCUAUUCAUCUGCCUAGAGCCCUCGCCCCCAAACUAAUGCUCAUUUAUUGGUUGCUUUUGCUUACUGGAUUCUUUGUGAGCAACGUUUACAUAUCCAAUCUCGAGACUUGGUUGGUCCAUCCCCCACUGUCUCGCCCAAUCCUCAGCUGGGAGCAAAUGCGCAGCUUGAAUCUGAGGGUCCUAAUGGUACCUUCCGAAUUGGAUACCUUGAAGCAGGCCCUGGGCACGAAAUUCGCAGAUGAUCAUAGCGAUACUAUCAAACUAACCAGCUCCGGGGACUUCCAGGACAAGCGGCUGUCUAUGGACCCAUCCUAUGCGUAUCCCGUGACCGAGACCUUGUGGCCACUUUUGGAGCUCGCACAGACCAGACUCCGGAAACCCGUGUUCCGUCGAUCCCGGGAGAUGGUGAUCAUACCUCUUUUGAUCCUGGCCAUGCCCUUGCCAAAGAACUCCGUGCUCUACAAGUCUCUAAAUCGCUAUAAAUCACUCACUCAUCAGAGCGGAUUAUACAGGUAUUGGUUCAAACGAAGCUUCACUGAUUUACUGGCCCUGCGAAAAAUCAAUUACAAGGUAGAUGACAGCCUUGACACCUAUCGGGACUUCGAGUGGCGCGACUUCUACGUUGUAUGGCUGGCCUUCGCAGUGGGCACCAUCAUAAGUUUUCUAGUCUUUCUCGGUGAAAUAGAGUACCACAGGUGGCACUUAAAAAAGGCGACGCCCUAG